AUGAAUCAGUUUCAGAAUCGAACCAUAAUUCGAGUCGGCGAUGAAGGAUCGCAGCAUUCGGGUGUGUCAUCGCAUCGCAGUGAUUCGUCUCUAGUCAACGACGUCCCUCCAUCAGCUCCUGCUGGUGCGUCCGUAUCUGCUCAAGAGAGUAUUCAUCGACCAAUCAAUGAUGAGAUGGCAACGUUACGUCGUAGUAGAUUCUCAACGUUGCGUACUACAAAGCUGAUUUCGAAAGAGAUGGAAGAACACAAUCGGGAGAAUAAUAUUUACGAGCAAAUGAGUGGUUAUAAACGAUUGAGACAGCAGCAUCGAAAAGAACUGAAACAGUUGGAAGAGCGAUGUGCGGUAGAAAUGGAGAUGUUGAAGCAGAAAACAGAUAAGGAAUAUGAACAGCUGAUCAAUAAUUUUAGUAAAGAAUUGCAAAGGGUUCGGAACAGUCAAAAUGCUGAAAAGGAUAAAAAGUCGCGUGAAUUCGACGACAUGGAGAAGAAGAUGCGAAGACAAUUAACAUCACAACAAGAAAACGAAUUGAAAGCAUUCUCAAACGCUCAGAAGAAGGAGUACAAAUACAACAAAGAAAGAGCGAAAUCGGUUUGUGCAUUCGAUGUUGAUUACUGCUUACUGCAAAUGUUAGAAUUAUUGCAGUACAAGUCCAUGUACAAAUCUAUGAGACAGAGUAAACGUGCCAAUGGAAUUCAAGUUUUUCUAUCCGAAAUAAUGAUAUCAUAG